AAGUAUUCAAAGUUAAAAUGCGCAGAUCGAAAGCGAACGCACGCGAAAGAAAUCGAAUGCAUGGCUUAAAUGCCGCCUUGGAUAAACUCAGAAGUGUAACCACAGCAGAAUGCCCAUACAACAAACGCACUCCGACAUGCACUCGGUUCCACAAAAACUAUCGAAAAUCGAAACGCUGAGGUUGGCCCGAAAUUACAUAAUUGCAAUGUCCGAAACUUUACGCGAAGGGAAGCCGAUGGAUAUCAUCAGAUUCACAAAGAUCCUGAGUAAAGAAUUAAGCCAGACCACUUCCAAUCUUCUUUUAGGUGCCAUUCAUAAUAAAAUGAAAUAUGACUGUUAUAAUGGCAAUGAUCAAAAUGUGACUUAUUUAGUAAAUUACAACAAUUUGCAAGGAAAUUAUAACUGUCCAGAGUAUGGCAAUGGAAAAAUGAUGGACGAAUGUGGUGAUUGGAGAAAUCCAUCGAACUUCCUAUAUAACAAUCAUUUUCAACCAUUCAACAAUUACGAAGAAAAUUAUUGUUUUAACACCAAUUAUGAUUUUUGCAGAUGAAUACAUGUUUUU